UCCGACCCUGUCCGGUUGCCCGCCACUGUAUUGGUUUCUCACCGCGGUCCCGUAUUUCUUCUGCCCGUCACAUAACAUUUGCAAUACUCACGAGCCACCACGAACUUCACCUUAUAAGUCGUGCGCGUCUUUGAGACUUCGUUGUAAAACACCCGUGGACGAUUUUUUUUUUUUUUUUUUGGUAAUUUUUUUUUCCGUCUUUUUCUCUCGCCGAUUUUUUUUUCCCGUCCGCCGCCGCCGCCGUCGUCGUCGCGUACCGACGGAAAUUAUUUCGAUAUUUUCGUCGCCGUCGAACGGACACCUCUGUUAUAAUAUUAUUAUUACCCUGCAGACAACAUCAUAAUAUAACAAUAAAAACGUAAGAGGACGCUCUCGGCCCCGCUGAUCGUUUUCCGUACGAACGGGGUUUUCUUUUUCUCCUCCCCCGUCAUUCCGAACCCCGAACCGCCGAAAAUCUUUCCGAUCCCGAUCGUCGCGAUCACCCGCACCGCACCGCUAUGAACAUGCUGUACCCGAACCUGCUGUUUUGGAUGUACGUGGUGCUGACGCUGGCCGAACCGCCGUACAUCAUUCCGUUCAAAGAAUUGGACAACGCCGAUUUGUAUGUACCAGUUGAUCCGAACAAGAUUCCCAAGUUCUUGAACAAGCCGAGCACAUACCAGGUCGUCACCAAAGAUACAAUUGUUUUACCAUGCGAAGUUUAUAAUCCGGAAAACUUUGUUCUGGCUUGGAAAAAAGGAAUAGCAAUUUUGACCGCUGGUACAACUAAAGUGACACCGGAAGAACGUAUCCGGAUCGUCGAAGGAUACAACUUGGAGAUCCGCAAUGUACAAAUCAACGACGCUGGUAAUUACAUAUGCCAGAUUGGCACCCUUGAACCAGUGGAAUUAAAACACACGCUGCAAAUACUCAUUCCGCCAAGGAUCAUUGGUAUAACAUCAAAUGGAAAAGUGAGCGCUAAAAAAGGGUCAGAUGUGACUCUUCAAUGUAAUUCGACAGGAAACCCACCACCGACAAUCACAUGGUCUCGUAAAAAUAAUAUGCUUCCAAAUGGUGAAAAAACCUUUAUUGGAAACUCGUAUACAAUUGACUCUGUCCGAAGACAAGCCGAUGGAGUUUACAUCUGCACCGCAUCAAAUAAUAUCGGAACAACCGUGAACGAAGAAAUCGAUCUAAAUAUACUAUAUCCUCCGGAAGUCAAAGAAGAACAAUCGAUUGUAUUCACUGUGGAAGGACAAGAAACUGAAAUCGUCUGUAUAGUACACGCAGAGCCCAAAGCCGACGUCUUGUGGUAUAGAGACACGUUGCAGUUGGACAUGACCGAAUGGCGGAUUACUGACGUCAGAGGCAACCGAUACACUUUACGCUUGAGAAAAGUGCAAAAGACCGAUUUUGGCAAUUAUUCUUGUGUGGCCGAUAAUGGACUUGGCAAAAGCAAACGAUCCAUCGAAGUGACUGGAAGACCAGACGUCGCGGUCAUCACCAGCUCGAAACAAAGUCGUUCGAAAAAUUCGUACGAAAUGUUAUGGACAGUGAAAAGUUACAGCCCGAUUAUAGAAUACAAAUUGCUAUACCGUCAAGACAAGACAAACAAGAGCAACCAAGAAAUUCAGUAUAAACGUCCCAUGAGAAGAUGGAACGAUGAUUGGACAGAACUGUUGCUUAACCCUGCAUCCACCGACCAAUUGGAAAAGAGCCGGACUGAAACCAUCCGAGACUUGGACCCCGGCACCAAAUACGAGGCAACCGUUCAAUCCAGAAACCGCUAUGGUUGGAGCGAAGUUUCCCAAUCUUUCUUCUUCACCACCAGCACAAAGAAUGAAGCACACCCAGGCAAUUCAGUUCUUUCCGACCCAGAAUUGAGAGACAUGAGCAUCACCGCUAUUAACAACAAGGCGGCUCCUAAGACCAUCCAGACACCAUUGCUCUGCAUCAUGGCAAUGGUCACCUACUAUCUUGCUUAAAUUCCCGAAAUGUACCACACGUCCCUACCUACGCCCUCCAUAUGAUUUCACGGAUACCUACACACCUUCUUCAUCACAACCCAUCAUCGGAACAUGGACCACGCCGAAUAUCCUUCUUCACUAUACCGUCCACUUCAAGACACCGCGCACUACAUUAUAAAGACUUCGCGUAGUUAUAGUAACAAUAUUCACAAUUGACAUGGUGUAGGUACUACUGGCCGAUUUAUAUUGUUCGCAAUCCGUAUGCACAUGACUAAUUAAAGUUUAAAAUAAUAAUUAUAAUAAUUCUACCACCACCAUUCACACGUCACGUCUAUUACACUCUAAUAAUACGACAGAAGUAGUUCCAAGUAUCAUUUCAAAUGUUCCCUCUCGGGUAAUACAUUUAUGCUUACCCGCCCAAAAUAACCAAUCGAAUGUUUGUUCAUUUAUUAUGAGUUGGUGUGCAACUUGAACCUCUGCAUGUUGAUUAAUAUCUUGGCAAGGUUCCUGCGCCUUCCACGCGCCUGUAACUUCAUUUAAAUAUUUGAUAGAUUUAUAAACAACAAUACUAAUUCUUAAAUGCAUUCACUCACAAUUACAAAAGCCUUGUAAUUACCCCCCCCCCCCCCCCCUAGGUCCAUGUACGAUUUUAUUUUUACUUGUCCAUAAAGGUACUAUUUUUUACCUAAAUCACUUUAGUUUCGUCACUAAUGUUUUUAUUUUCAUUAUUUUUAUUCUGACCGUGACCAAAAACCCUGAGCCAAUGAAACUCAAAUCACGCUAAAGACUGUCUUCUUUAAAUCCUUCACUCGGUGUUGUCCUAAAAUGUAUCUUUACAAUAACGAUCAAUACAACAAUGUGAUCAUCGUACACCGAUGAACAUCGACACAGUUUUCUACGAACGCACUAUCAUGAGUUUAGUAGAUGUACGAUAAACCACAGAGACCAGCAUAAUACCGGGACGAUAAAAUGUCUAUGAAAAAACAAUUCAAAAUAAAAUAGCGACAUCAUAUUAUACAUUAAUAUGUACAAGGAUCACUAGGUGCCUAUUUAUAAACUGUACGGGAAUCUCGCGUUUCAAAAUGGUAAUUACUACAGCCAUUAAAUAAUGGACAAUUUUAAUUAAUUAUAACAAUACAAUGUAUAUUACACUACGCCAUCAGUGACAAAUAUUAAAUAUGCUUUUGAACGACGUUCCUAAAUAAUUUUGUGUGAGCAAAUUCCAGCAGCUAGCUCCAUGAAACAUUAUAAUUUUGAUCGACCAAUGACAAGUAAAAUUCAGGAAAUAACUUGCAAAAUAUUAAACCGGUUUCUUUAAAUUCCAAAAAUUCUCAUUUUUUAAAUGACUGGACAGUCUACACAUUUAUUGUUGUAAUAUUAUAUUUUUUAUGUAGGUAUAUAUAUACAUAUACAUAUAUAUUAUAUUUAUAUACAAUAAUGAUAAUUUAAAUACAACUGUAUACAGCUUAUAUACGUGCAAUAGGGUGACUACUUAUUUUUCAAUAAGUUAAUAAAAUCAGUAAAUUGGUUUUAAUUUUUACACAUCUCAGAUAUCAGCAUAUCAUGUCUGAAAUAGCCAAUUGGCCGUGUUAAACAUUCUGUACUUCGAUUAAAUAAUAUUGUUUCAACAUGAAUACCUAUUAUAGAAAAUCUUCAAGAAUAUUUUAGUUAUAUAUCCAGUGGCACUACUGUGUCUUUCAAUGGUUUUACCUAACAAUUAAUUUUUAAUAAAUUCAUGUCAUUGUUAUACACUUUCUUGAUUGUAUUUCAUAAAUAAAAUAAUAUCCCAAAUUCCAAAAUAAUUGUAAUUGUUGUUUUCCGUCGCUUUCACUAGGUAAUAUUGUAAAAUUAAUAAAAUUAUGUUCAAUGUGAGUACCUAUAAAACCAAGUGUUAUUAAAAAAUACAGUUUUCUUAUUAGGCGCUUACGUGAUGAUAUGCAUAAUAUCAACAAAAUGCGUAAUAUUGUAACAACCAUUGAACCAUUCACCACCAUUAUUUUUGCGACUUAAAAACUUUUAGAUCUUAGUAUUUUAUCCAAAAUGCAAAUCGCGAAUUCGUAUACAUAAAGACAAGCAAAAUAUGUCUUGUAUUUAUUACUACAUUUCAAAAACAUUGAACGAUUUAAAAUUAACAUAAGUAAUUUAAUUUAAGCCAUUAUACUUAAUUUGAUGUUUAAUUAAAAUCUUAAGGUACCUUUUCAUUGUGUGAACGCCAAAUAAAGUAUUAAACUCUUCUGAACCAUAAUUGAUAAUUAGAAAGUAUGUAAAUGGAUAUACAUUUAGAACUUAAAAUUUUGUUUAAACUUAAUAUUUUUAGUCAUUAGGAGGUAAAGUAUUUUAUUAGUAGAUUUUUAUUAUUAUACAUUUAAUUUUAAUGUUAAUAUAUUUUGAUUAGGGGUACAAAUUACCAACAAUAAAAGUCGUUUGAUUAUGUUUAUCAUUACACUCAUAUGGAAUAGCAUUGAAAAAUAAGUUAAUGGAGUUAAUAAAGUACCUACUUUUAAGUGUCGUAUGCUGUUAACAAUGAAAUACCCAUAAAAAACCUAAAAUUAAAUAAAAUAUAUCUGUUCAUAAAUAAACGACAACCACCCAUUUAAAUAUUUAAAUUCUCCAACCGAAUAAACAAUAAAAACAAUGCUGAUAAUAUAUAUUUACAUAAAUAUAUUUCGAAUAAUAUGGUAAAAAAUUCAUUUCCUACGUAGUAUUUCAAUCAAUAUUGUAAAAAAGUAUUUGAAAAAAAUUUGUUUAUUUAAUGAACAAUACGUAUAAUGCAAAAAUACCAGAUUAAACAAUAUAGAGCAUGAUCUCCAUAAACCAUUAACAAUAAUAUUCAACAUCUGAUAAAUAAAAUAUAAACUGCGACUUCUAUAAAUAAUAUUAUAUUAAUAGUUGAUAAGUGAUUUAUAUAUUUUAAGCUUUAGAAUGAAAAAAAAAUUUGAUUAUUAAUUGUACAACAUAAUUUAUUUGUCAUAUGAUGCAAAUCAUUUUUUUUCUGUCAUACUAUUUUAAAUGUUUAAAAAUUUAUUAAGCUAUUUGUGAAAUUUCAUGUGUUAAAAGUUAGAUAACAUUAUCGUUUGUAUUAAUUGUAUUCUUAACAACUGUAUUUUUUAGCGUUUAAUUCUUAUUUAUAAUAGAAUAGGUAUAGUGAUUAUAUUGUGUUAUUAUAAAAAGUUAUUAAUUAUAAUUUUAGUAAUAUGUGUUAUAAUAUAAUUAUAUUAUUAUUAACCAAGACAAACAAAAAACGUGUCCGAAAAAUAUUUUGUUUGUAUAAAACUAGAAAUCGAUUAGUAUUACAUAGAAUGUUUUUAACUAAAUUAUAUUAUAUAUAUAUAUAUACACAUAAUAUUAUAUAUUACUAUGAACGAUACCAUCCCAGAUGUACCAAUAUGGCUAUAUAUAUAUAUAUAUAUAUAUAUAAUAUUCCUAAACAUCUUCAAUAACUUGAAUUCAAAAACAAUGAAAUGUCGGCUGCGUAGAAUAAAAUCUAUCAUUCUGAAGGCUGAAAUCGAUUUUAAAAGUACUUACCUACUAGAUUUUUCCAUGGUAUAUUUUUUCUUCGCAGUACCUAUAUAUACUGCUUACAUUAUGUUUUAUUUUUUCAUACAAAAGUAGAGCCAUCGGGAUCUGAAACUGAUUGAAUUCGAUUUAAUUGGUACACGAUAAUAAUAUUAUCAUAGGUAUAUCUAUCAAAUAUCAAUGACCGUUUUUAUAGAAAACGUUAACACCGCGCAGUUUUCUUCGUGAUCAAAUCGAACGCGCAGUCGUAUCGAAAAGUCUAAACGUCUCGCAGGCGCUAAACGGUGUCGACUAUUGUACCGAGCCGGUUUAAACCGCGAUCAACCGCGUGGUACACGACAAACGCGUCGUGACAACGUUCGUAUCAAAUGUCCAAACAAUUAAGCCGGGUUCACUAUACACCGUGUCGUGUAAAAUAAUCACAGUUACCAAAUGAUACCACAUAGUUGAAUGCAUUCGACUUUUGACCGCGUGGUUACAUUUAUGUGCAGAAAAGUGAUAAAUAAAAAUAAUUAUUUUAUCUAAUCAUCGGGUUCAAAAUGUAUAUCAUUGGUGUUGCAUUUUGGUGUAAACAUAAAAAAACAAAACGACACGACACGGUGUAAGGUGGUGAACCCGACUUUAAAGGCGGGUUUCCGCUGUCUAUAGUUUAAAAGACGCGUGCCGUGUACACGCAGCUGCUGUGUCGAACAACACGGUACCGCGGUCAAUCGUGUGGUAACCGUACCGGUAGAUAACCGACCAAUCACAGCGAAGGAUUAUAGCGAACGUGUACUUCAGUGGAAACCCGCCUUUAAGGUACCUACGGUGUUUGCUGGCGAAAAUUAUUCGUACGAUCUACACACGGUUCGUGCAGCUGCAAAUACGGAUAUCAAAUACUUUAAAAUAGGUACGACAAUACGGGAAACUCAACGGCUGGCGACCACUGAACUCUAUACAUGGAAGGCGCAUUGUAUAUAAUCCAUGUAUUGAAAAGUGUCCCUAUAUCGAGGGCCGCCAUUUUUAUUCCGUUAGUGUUCCUAUCGAUGAUUUGUCAUUGAUAGAAUAUUAUUUUAUCAGCUUAUCUUCUACCAAAUAUCAGUUGGUAUACCGGUGGUAUUCACGGUCAAUAUCUUUUGACCGAGGAUGGUAUCUUUACUUUUUAUGAUAACAAAAAUUAUCGCAUAUUUCACAGAUAAUUUUUAUUGUUUAUUCUAUGAGAAGAAUCAAAAUGGCAGCCUACUAGGGUAGGACAGUUUUUUUUCCAAAUGCGCGUUCCAUAGUAUACAGUUCAGUGCUGGCGACAUAUCGAUCAUUUUCACGAGUGGCUGCCUAUACAAAACUCCUUAAAAUAUAGCAUAGGUAUUGUGUUGAGGAGAUGGAUAGGCAACCACUAUAUAGUGAAUUUGUUCGCCGCAGACCUUACGUCGUGUCUCGGAAAAGCGCCUUGACGUCGAGUUUCCCGUAUUGUGUCGCACCUAUAUAGUAUUUGCGGACAGUAUUAUUAUGGUCGGACGCCGCCGGUUCGGGUGGGUCGAGUUCAUCGAUACUAAAGGUGUAUUAUAGGCGGGUAUGUUACCCACACCUAGGUACCUAUCAUAUAUUAUGAUAUCCGUCUGCCUAAUAGGUAUUGAAAGUUAAUGCCACCCAUACCUAAUAUUAUUAUAAUACUGCGCAAACCGAACGGAUUUAUAUUUAUUUUUUUUUCGGGUAAGACACAAAAUUACAUCGACCGUUCGCAAUGGCCGCGCAUAGACUAUGCAUAUUAUACCAUAGACCCAUAACUAGUUUAAGUCUUACUUUAUGGGUCUAUGGCAUAUUCUAUGUGUGUAGUGUUUGUUAUUUUUCCAAAAACGAUAGUAAAUAAAUCUACGGUCAUGCGGUUUUUUUUCUUAUCAACAUUAUAAUAAUAUGUCAUAAUAAUAUUAUCGUAUAUUCUCGUCCACAAGAUUUUCAUUAUCCGAUCGAAAGCGUGAGAACAUGAAAACGUUCGCCUGACAUCCAUCUGUAUAGGUACGCUCUUUUGUAUAAUACUUGAUUAUAAUAUUAUAAUAUAAUAGGUAUACGUAACAAGAUUUCUUUUUAUUUUAUUUUUUAUAACAUAUUAAUAAAAAAAAUCAUUAACGUGUGUUUAACUAUAAUUGACAAAAAAAAAAACAAAAAAAACAAAAAAAAACUCAGAUGUACCAAUCGCAUUUAACAUACGCCUAUAUGGUAUACACGUAACCACUUAUGUGUAUACCUCUUCUACUUUGUUUUAGUUUUCCAACCGCUGUUAGAUUCGAUUUAUCCGUUUAGGUUAAGUUAAAAAUAUUACUUUUGACGUUUCUAACGUUAAAAAAUAACUAUUUAUGAAAAUUAUACGCUAUAAUAAUAUUACAAUAUAUACAUCCAAUAUAAUAAUAAUAAUAAUUUGAAUGUUAAAUAAUAUUAUUAUACAUUAUUGCAUAUUUUAAAUCGUAUAUAACUAUUAAGUAUAUAUAUUAUAUAUAUAUCAUAAAAUUGCACGGAUGAUAGUGAAUACAGAAUUUUGUAAUAUUGUUAAUUUUUUUUUACAUUUUUAAUCAAUAUUCCACGUUUCGGACUUCACACGUCCGUUACGGGAAUUCCGUUUAAUUACAGAUGAACUUUAUACUAUAUCUUUGAAAUGUUGUUUCUGUCGUGUGUUUUCGUUAUAAUAUUUAUUUUUUAUUUUUCCCGAAAUGAUUGUUACCUAUAUUCAUUAUUCUAUGCGGAAUGUUCAUAAAUAUUUGCAUCGAUAUACGGUCAUCAUAUUAUUAUGGUAUUUAGUUGAUAACUUGAUAAAUUCAAAAUUUUGUGAUUUUCACGAGUGCUAUGUAACAUGAAAAUCAAAAAAUUGAAAUAACUAUUCCACGUAAAAACUUACAACAUUUCAAAGACCGGUCUAAUUUAUUUUUGAAAUUCUUGGUUCCUUAAUCCUGAGACAAUUAAAGUCUACAACAUUCGGCAACAAUAACAAUUAUAUCAUUGUAGUUAUGUAAUAUGUUUAAGUACCUAUUAUAUUGUAGAUUUUCAAAAAACUUUCAAAUCGCUUAAAUACGUGCAGUUGAAAACAUAAAUCAUAUUAAUCAUAUAUUAUGUAUUACCUAUAAACUUAUAAACCUAUAUACUUAUUAUCUCUAAUUAUUAUUAUUAAAAUGAAUAUUAUUAUUUUAUAAUUAAUUAAUCUGUAUUUCUUUAUUAAUAAUAUUAUCAUAUUUCGUUUACUGUAUUUGCUUGAGUGUAAAUUAAAAAAAAA